UAUAUUAAAGGCUCUAUUUACGGCUUUAUUUACAAGUGAAAUCUUUUUAAACAGUGAAAUAGUUAUUAACCCAUUGAUGCCAAAAGCGUCGGUUUUUGAUCCGUUCUAAAACUUUUAAAUUUGGAAGAUUUCUUUUAACUUUUUUCAAUAUUCUUAUUAAACUAAAUUCUUAUUUGAGCAGUGCAUAUUGGGUUAUAUUUUAUCUUUUUUCUUGCACUUGAUAUUCUUUUAAUUUAGCAAGCGUGCACGUGUGUUGUUGUUCAUUGUGGUUUAUAUCGGUUCAGCAGUAUCCUCAAGCAAACUUAUUGCUCUCCUUAAGCAAACUUAUUGCUCAAGACCCUGCUGGAUCUACCCUAGCUCUGUUCAACCCCGAUCAGCGAAACAAGUAAAGGCCGUUCUAAUAAAGGAUUUACACCAGUGUAAACUGUCAUUUACACUGGUGUUUACCUAGGAUCGGAUUUAAUAGUCAUGAAUUACACUGGUUCAAACAACAACAACGUACAGUUUACACCGGGUAGAUUUACACCAGUGUCAAGAAAUGAAAACACUGGGUCCACCCUGUGUUUUCUAACUUACCCUAAGGGUAAACCUGGUAUUCAGCUGAAUUCAGAUCAGCUGAUUAAAUAAAAUAAACAAUAACAAAUCUGUGAUUUUUGAAUUUCAAUCUGUAAAAUCUGUUGAAUUCAUGAUUAUUGUGAACUAAUUUAUAAAUGUUAAGUUAAAAGUUAAAUGUUUUUUUUUAGAAAGAAAUGAUUAUAUUUGAUUCUGACAGGAAAUAUGUUUUCGAAUAUGUUGCAAACAUUAAAUCAAGUGUUAACACAACUAAAUCUAAGGGUGCCCCGAGAGCAGACUGGAAACCAUGUAUAAUGGAAGCUCUCAACCGGAUUAUUGAUGAACUGCAUGAGGGCAAGUUCCGAAAACUUUUGGAAAUGCCAAUUCAUACCAAUACUUGUAAUGCAAACCUUAUUAACGCUUAUUGGAUCUGGGUUUACCACGACUUUUCAACUUGGGCUCAGACUAAUGGAUUUAGUGGUGUCACCUUUCACCAAAUGAAAGAUAAAAGUAAAGAAUCUAGGACGGAAUAAACAGCAAAAAUCGUUCCGCGAAUCUAUCAGCCAGGAGCUGAUAUUGGCAACAGAAAGAAAUGAAAAGCAGCAGCUUGCCGCUGUAAGCAGAUACAGGAGUAGAACGGGGGGAGGAAGCAGUAUCCCUGAUGCCCCAAUUAUGGAUCCUCUGUUGAUCAGGAAUUGGUUUAUCUGUUUUUACGUUUUAAUGGAACUGUAAACAUAUAAUUUUGACUGGUCAUUCAUUUAAAAGAGUCGCUGGCAGAGUACUGUAAAAAACCGUUUUUUAUUUGAAUUUUCAUGUAUAUAUGUGUAUAUAUCAAUACAAUGAAGACAAAUUUCGCAAUUUUUUUAACGUACAGAUAAACUAUAAUAAACAAAUAGUGAGGACCAGCAUCUGAACCUAAAAUAUGGUUUAAUGACCGAAUUUGGUUCUUCAUUUACGCCAGCAUAAAGGACCACUAAGACCAUACCCUGCUCCACUGCUCCAGCUCCUAUACAACCUCAACCUCAACAUCAACAUCAACAUCAACAUCAACAUCAACAUCAACAUCAACCUCAACCUCAACCUCAAC